CCUGGCUCGGCUUUAUUACAUAGUUUGUGUACAGCCAACGGAUCAAUGCAAAAAGAGUUGUAUCGAUCGACAGCAUUACGCUUCAAGUUUAGUUCUUAGAUUGUCGAGUAUUGGAUUUCUUACGGCAAAAGACUAAUAUUCGGGGUCUCUUCCAGCAAACAGCUAGGUUGGCGUGUUUGACGCAAUUGAAGCUUUUAAUAACAUGGAAAAUUUGGAAUCAAUCAGAUUUAUGCGCCUCUGCAAAGGCUGUUUCAGAGUUCUAUUAAGCUGAUUGGAUUUUAAUUCAAACUGUAAUAUGGAGAUAUUCUCUUGUCGAUGACAAAGCUACCCUAACAUCUCCAGUAUGGUUCGUUGGGAUCUGGCUCUCGUGUUCUGUGCCUCUGGUUUUCACAUCUUUCUGGGGGUUCUCAGUGUGUGUGUGGGUGUCAUUCUCAGUAUUCAGGCGGAAGUCUGGUUAGCCCACAGCGUAUCGCCAAUAUGGAGUGGCGGUAUUUUUUUCAUAACUGGACUAGUUGGAAUACUUUGUGCAAGAAGAAAAACGUCCUAUGUGAUAAUGUGUUUCAUUGCCAUAUCAGCCGUUUCCAUGGUGACGACCUUUGUCAGUUUUCAACUCUUGAGAGUUGGUCUUCAGAACCAUGCUACUGACGGCAGUACUUUCCAGAAGGAAGAGAAGGACCCCCUGAUUCUGAUUGCCCUGGUAACCGCGGGGGUAGAAUGUCUGAUUUGUAUCCUCUCUAUCCUCCUCAGCUGUCGCGUGGCCAAAAUAGCAAAGGAGGAAAUGUGUCAACAGCGAGAGGGGAUGUUCCACAUUAAGGAAAAUGGUUCCUCUUUUGUGUUUACAAAUAUCCAGGACAACUUUAGUAACCUCGAAGAGAGCAGUGUCGACAUGCAAGCGGAAGCACCGCAGUUGUCUGGUUCCCAUCCGUCCAUUUCGAGGAACACAAAGGGGAUCCGCUAUGGAUGUCAUGAACCAAGUUAUACGUCAGAAGAAUGGAAUAACGGAUCAAAUCCGGUGUCUAUACCGGUUAUCAAAAUUAAUACAGAACUGGAGGAAGAAAUUUCACAAUCUGAAAGUCAGACAGGGGAAGACGGAUCAGCUAUUUAUAUAGAAAUAAAUAGAUAA